CUCAGCCACCCAACCAACCAUGUCGCUCAGCAAGCACACGAAAUGCAGGUCACAGAAGUUAUUAACUACUUACAUGCUCAUCGGUGGAAAGUCUUCACUGGUGCGUCCCAUGCGACUCGGCCACCCCGCUACUGCGUAGGAUUGCUUCAGCCACAACAAGGCAACUGCCUAAUCCUGUUUCCAACAGGUCGACGCAUUCUCUUAUAACAUAGACGAAGCCUGUGCUUCGCUACAUCUCUUGUCACUUCUUUUGCUCUCUUUGAGAAAUGGUUUUGCUAGGCUAGUACGAUGAUUGCCGACAAUUCUGGAGCCAGUGGUCGCUUGCAUUGCGACCUUCGCCGUGACAAAAGCACGUCACUGGGGCCGACUCCGCUGCCUCCCUUCAACUACGAACCUCUUCCUGACAGGUGUAUUCGAGUACUGGAACUUCAACCUGGUGAGCGCGCCGACCCAUUCCGUGGCCGUUUCACCAUCAUAUCGAUCGACGGUGAAGACAAAUUCGAUGCUCUCUCAUACAUGUGGGGUGAUGCGUCGCCAGUAGACUACAUCAUUUUCGAUGGCGCAGCUAUACCAGUGGCCUGGAACCUCGCAAGGGCAUUAGAAUACCUGCGCGAUCAGCAGGGCUCAGAGGUUCAUAGGAUCUGGAUAGACGCAGUAUGUAUCAACCAAAAAGAUGAUAAAGAGCGUGGGCGUCAAGUUGCUAUGAUGCGUUCAGUCUACAACAAAGCGGACUGUGUUCGGAUCUGGAUCAACGCACCCGACCUAGAGGAAGAGAGUAAGGCGGUAGCGGCGCUCAAAAGUUUCGAGCUAGGCGCGGAAGGAUUGAACUUUAAUCUAGGCGCGGAAGAAUUGAACUUUGGUCUAGGCGACGACAUAAAAUUCUGGGAGCCUGUAAAGCCAAUAUUCAAGAACGAAUACUGGAAUCGACUCUGGAUACGGCAUGAUCUCGCCGAUAGGGAUAUCCUCAUUGAUAUGCUUAGUGGAACAUUUCACCUGAACUCAUCCAGAAUUCACGAUCGGCUUUAUGCAAUCAUGCAUUUAGCUGAUGAUUUCCAGGAAAACGACAUAGAAGCCGACUAUAACAAAACAGCUAGUCAGAUCAUGCUUGACGCGGCCGACCACCACAUCAGACUGCAUCGUAAUAUUCGUUUUCUGGAUAGAAGCUUUCGGUCAGACUUUGACAAAAUCGGAUAUCUGGAACACAACUCAGAAUGCUCAUUUCCUACUUGGGUCCCACGCAGGUGGUUAGGGUCUAACCCGUAUGGGCAACCCAUGGGGUCCGCUCAAGAGAGCCGUGGACACCCACACGAAGCCGCCGUCAAUGAACAGCUGGACAAGAAGAAGUUGUUCACAACCUGUGCGCCGGACUCUGUUGAUAUGACUCAUAUGCGAUUACGUGUUCGUGGAAUGAAAGUUGGGGAGAUUCGAACGGUGUUGUCGUUGCCAAUUCAAAGGGUUGCUGACGGAAUGACCGUGGCGCAAUUCUGGUCAUCCAGUCUCGGUCAGCACAUUGGGUCAUAUCUCUGCCGCGAGGAGCGACAGAUACCACUUGGAAUAGUCCAAGCUCUCAGUCGUCGGUGGCCAAAUGAGAACUUCAACUACGAAGACGCUGUAUCCGGGCUCAUGUGGUUCUACGACUGUAGUACGAGGCCAGAUCUUGCAGAUCGCCGUAUUGGUAUUGUCGGACAAUUGAUCGACGCCUUGCUAGCACCACUACGUGAUCAUAUCAAUGGCAGUGCAGCGGUCCGUGCCACAACCCACAUCGUCCUACAACUCCGGCAGCGAAAAUGCAUCUUGACCGGCAAAGACCAGUUCGGCCUCGUUCCCGAAUGCAACAUAAGAGCUGAGGACGAGAUAUGGAUGUUACUCGGACAUCCCACACCAUGUGUAUUAAGGAAACAGCCCAACGGAACAUAUGAGUAUAUCUGCAAUGCACGUAUUCCUGUUCUUAUGGAUGACAUCGUAGGCCACAUAGACAUUCGACGUUUCUCAACAAAGGCGGUCCCUGGCGAACAAAUCGGCGAAUGGACGAUUGAAGAUAUCGAACUCAUCUAA